AUGUCAACCAACUACACACAAGGCUACUCCAAAGCCACGACCAGCAGCCAUGCCGCGCGAACAAUCCACUCAGAUGCUGCCUUUGUGCUGCCCCUCAUUGAUCCUGCGGACAGAAUCCUUGAUGUAGGAUGCGGCCCCGGUACGAUAACAACAGGUUUCGCGACCAUCGUGCCACAGGGCGAGGUCGUCGGCAUUGACAUAUCGGACGAAGUCCUUGCGACGGCAAGGUCGUCCGUUCCAGCGGGCUUGAGUAACAUCUUCUUUCAGAGGGCCAAUCUUCUCGAGGGACUGCCGUUUCUCGACGACAACUUCAGCGUCGUGUUCAGCUCCCAGGUGUUCCCCCAUCUGGCGACUGCCGAAAUGAGGACGGCGGCGUUGAAAGAGAUGCGGCGCGUGACCAGGCCCGGGGGAUUGGUCGCCACGCGCGAGGUGGCCGAGAUGCUUUUCUACCCGCGCGCCAGCAGCCUCAAUGAGCUUCUCACCGGUAACAUGAACAAGGUGUUGCGGGCGGGACAGAAGGAUGGGUGGUUCCCCGGCGGCGAGAUGCCGGCGCUGUUUCGUCAGCUUGGAUUCAAGCCCGACGAAAUCAACGUGGGCGCCGGCACGACGGUGCACUCGGGAGAAGAGGGGAGGCGGGCCUUCGGGGCAGGUUAUGGCGCACGCUUGAGCCGUAGCGAUCCCUACUAUGAGAGCUGGAAGCGAGUCGGCAUUUCGGAUGAGGAGAUCGACCGUACAGUUGAGGCACUCAAUGUGUGGAUGGGGGAUCCGGAUGCUUGGUGUGUCGUGUUACAGGCCGAGGUUUGGGGCAGGGUACGGCAUUGA